CUUGGGGCAAUGACGCAGCUAAUGAGGUACUAACCGAGGCGCGUCUAUUGCUGGUUGAAAACUAUUUCCAAACCCCCUCCUGGGCCUAAGCUUGCCUUGGGCCUUCGAGAAUUUCUGGAAGGGCUCCCUUUGGGGUAAAGCCCUACAAUUUCCUAGUUCAACAUUUUUUAUGGCAUAUUGUCCUUUUUCUUUGGACUACAUGGCAUAUAUUGUCUUAGUUUGAAAUUUACAGACAAACCAUGAUGGGUCUGGGCAGGACUCUCAUGCCUUUGAGAAUUUCUGGAAGGGAUCCCUUCUGGUUUGUAUAAUGGGCGACACGAUCACACUCGUACGCGUUGCUUCCGGUGUGAUUACACUCAAUACUUUUCCUCGCAUUAUUGAUUUGAUUUUACACUUUCUCUUGAGAAAAAUAAAAUAUAAAAAGAGGAAAAAAUCAGUUUUAUACUCUGCAACAAUACGACCCUUGUACGUAUCCUUUAUUUUUUAUUUUUCUCUUUCUCUUCUUAAUACCAUCAUCCAGGAGAGAAGAUAACGACGAGAAGAAGAAACUCCCCAAAUUCGUCUCUGUUGAUUUCGUAAGAUCGAUCGAGCACCAGCAUUUGGCUUCCCUCUUAGCCGGAGCAAUUGAUGAAGCAACUAUGAAGAAGCAAGGUGCUUUAAUGUGUGUGGUGGGAUUUAGGUUUGAUUUGAAACUGAGUCUGAUUAAAUUCAACCGUUGGGAAGAGCUUGGAAUGGCGGAUCCAGAGAGGUCAGAGUUAGUUCCUGAAGCGGGGAGGAGCCCUACUUCUCCCCUUGAUUUUAGAAGGGUGUUUAGCCCCAAGUCUCCCUCUCCCAGACUCAACAAAUGGUUUUGCGACAAAGUCGGGCUCUCUGUUGUAAGCUCCGAGAAGGGCUGGGGUGAUGAUGGUUCAUUCAGAAGGGACAACAUUGUGCUUGCCCCUCAAAUCAAGGCUCAGCUUUGUGCAGUAGAUGAGUAUGACUCAAACGCUGCCCCAAGGCCUCAGGAUAUUAUUAUUAUCCCCACCCGUGAGAUGGCUCUCUCUGAGGACUACACAUGUAUCAUUUCUCAUGGCCCAAACCCUAAAACAACUCAUAUAUUCGGUGACUGCAUCCUGGAUUGUGACCCCAAAGAGUUUGGAGGUCUUGAGAAACACCAAGCCCAUCAUGAUUCUUUUAGCCGCCAACCUCAUCAACACAGGCCUGGCUCAAAGGAAUCUGUUGAACAAGAUUCUUCGCCUGGAUCAAGUUACAACGAGAGAGGCUGAGUUUUUUUGGGGCUUUCAGGUGUUGUAAGGCUAGGUUUGUGCAUUUUCGUGUGUUGAAUAAAAUAUUACUUUGAUGCGGGUGAGUUUUGUUGUGGCCUGUUGCCCCGGCUCAUCCUUUUGGUCUUCUUCCUAGUUCCAACUUUGUACGAUUGUCUUGUUUCUACACUACACUUGUAUUAUUCUGUUUCAAUUGUCUAUCGACUAUGAAUUAGAAUGAAUAAAUGUCACACUCUGUACAGUACAAAA